CAUAAUAUCCGGUAUAAAUUGCGCACUUCCGGUCUUCUUCCUCGGGAAGAAUAAUGGCGACCUGUGGCGAGGGGAGUGCUACGGCUACUGAAGAGGAACCAACGGAAAGUUUGGGUGGCCAGAAGAGAGAAGCGAGACUUCGUAAAUUCCGAGAGCUACAUUUCAAACGGAAUGAAGCACGUAAACUGAAUCAUCAGGAGGUUGUGGAGGAGGAUAAGAGACUGAAACUACCUGCUAAUUGGGAGGCUAAAAAAGCUCGACUAGAGUGGGAGCUUGCUGAAAAUGAAAAGAAAAAGGAAUGCACCUCCCGUGGGGAGGACUAUAACCGAGUGAAGCUGCUGGAAAUCACUGCUGAUGAUGCAGAUCGAUGGGAAAGAAAGAAGAAGAAGAAGAAUCCUGACACAGGAUUCGCAGGUUACGCUGAGGCCCAAUUCCGACAGUACCAGAGACUAACAAAGCAAAUCAGACCAGACUUGGAAAGCUACGAGAAGCUAAGAGAGGAAAGUGGUGAAGAUUUCUACCCCACGUCCAACAGCCUGAUACACGGCACCCAUGUUCCCACAAAGGAUGGCAUAGACCGCAUGGUGGAGGAUGUUGAGAAACAGAUUGAAAAGCGGGCCAAAUACAGCCGGCGCAGGGCCUACAACGACGACGCAGACAUCGACUACAUUAACGAGAGGAAUGCCAAAUUCAACAAGAAGGCGGAGCGUUUUUAUGGCAAAUACACAGCAGAGAUCAAACAGAAUCUGGAGAGGGGCACAGCUGUCUAAUGAGUCCAGUCACGUCAGUGGUUCGCUGCUUCUUGAUUGCAUCAUUUUGUUGUUGCUGCUUUCCAAGAGUACGUGUAUUUACAAGCUAACAUGGAGUAUGCAUUGUAGGAUAGGGUUUUUUUUUUGUCAUGCUGUGGCUAUUUUGAGCAAAUGUCAUGUUUAAUGUUCUUUAGUACAGUCUUAAAACUGUUAGUUUCAUCUUUAUAUCUAAAUAAAUCACUUUUAAUUA